CGAUAUUGUGGCGUUGAGAAUAAUUGUAGACAAUAAUUGUUGUUUUUUAAGGAUAUUAUAGUGUUAAAAUAUUUUACACAAGCAUAGUCAUGGCUAUUCGUAAUCCCAGACUACCUCUAGUACCCGGAUAUGGGCGCAAUACUCUUAUUGGAAAGAAGAGUUUUGGCGUCCGUCCCAUUUUCACGACUAUCAACAAAAUAAAUAUGUUAGUUGAUAAACCACCUGACUCGGAUCGCGUACCCUCUUUGUACGCUCGCAAGCAGGGUCCUGAACUACCCGCCUGGGUAACAUACGAUAAGCAAAUUCUACGAUUUCGUGGAUAUUUUAAGCAAAGCUAUAAUGAGUUGAUUUCUCAUGUACUGCGAAAGGUUGAUAUUUGUUUUUUUCUCGAAGACGGAACUAUUAAAGUAUCUGAACCUAAAACGGAAAAUAGUGGCUUAAGGCAAGGAACAUUAAUCACUCGACAAAGAAUAAGGCUCCCGCACAGCUACGAUAUGUAUUACGAUGUCCUUGAUUUUAAUAUCGGGAGGGAAGUCACGUUUCACGGUAAAGUAUUCAAGAUUUUAAGUUGUGAUAAUUUUACAAGGGUGUUUUUAAAUCGUUUGGGAAUCAACGUGCCGGACCCUAUACCGUGGCCUGAUGCGGUCGAGAAAGAACCUCCUACAUACAGACCACCAAAACCGACGCCUUUAAAACAAUUUUUGGAGCAUGACAGAGAAAUAUUACGGUUUUUUGGAUAUUGGGACAAUCGUGAAACAUAUUUCGGGAAGAUUCAUCAUCUAGAGAUACACUAUUACCUAGCUGAUGAUACAAUUGAAAUAUUAGAGCAAUUACCGCCCAAUUCUGGCGUCGAAUCUGGACCGAUGUUCUUAAAGAGAAUGCAUCUACCAAGGAAUAUACCCCGGCCUGAGAUGUCUGGAGGACCUAAACCGGAGUCUUACACUCCAGCCGAUCUCAGUAUUGGUGCGGUGCUUAACGUGUAUGGCAGGAACGUUGUACUGACCGAUUGCGAUGCCUUUACCAAAGAAUAUUAUCGGGCUACGUACGGGUUUGAUACAUUCAAUCCAUUACCUAAUCCUGAAGAAAAGGUUGAAUACAUCAGUAGUAGAUUGGCUGACCGAGAAUUACCGCCGUGGAAUGGUUACGGAUCGUACGAGGACUCCGCAGAGAACUGUCGUACUGUAGAACCUAAAGCACCACAUAGAGAUUUUAUUAAAUUUUUACAUAAGGACAGAGACGGUUUUGAUUCUCAUGUUUUACGUUUCGCUUCUCGUCUUAUAAACGAUAAUCCCGAGGAUGCUAAGAGAUAUUUUAUUGUCUUAUACUAUUUAUGUGACGACACCAUCGCUGUUUUUGAACUGGGUGAACGUAACUCCGGAUUUCUGGGUGGCAGAUUUUUCCGUCGUGCAAAAGUGUAUCUGCCAGGAGUAAACUUCUACGUUCCUAAGGAGCCUCCUUCUUACACUGAUAAAGACAUGUGGGUCGGCAACGAGCUCGUUAUACAUAAACAUUGUUUUCGACUGAUUGCUGCCGAUGAAUACGCCUUACGGUACAUGGAAUUACACGCUAAUGAGUAUCUAAUGUCUAAUAUUGCAUUGAUAAUGGACAAAAUUCGACGAGCAUUGGUCUCUGAAGAAAAUGGCUACAAGAACUUUGUAGCUAAGUACAUGGAAGCUGUAGAACCGAAUAAAAAAGAGCUAAUGACUAACAGAUGUUUUAAGCAAGCAAUGAAAGAAAUUAUGUGCGACAAGUUAACAGAACACGAAUUUCUAACUAUUAUCAGACAUUUCCGUGGCGAUCCAGGUAAAGAAGAAAGUCCUCGACGAGAAAUGUUAAGGUCUUUAAUAUUUUCGGACCUUACGCGUGCUUUGUGGGACGACCGAGACAGACUUAAGGAAGGCAUAGUUCAUGCAGACGAGAUGGGUCUAGGCACGCUGCCCGCCCUUCGCCUGCGGCAACUCUUACGCGCCCACAGGCUACCUAUCAACGAUGAUUUAAUGGAUUGUAUGUUUUCAGUGUUGCGUAAAGAUGACAAUUGUAAUAUUUACACUGAAGAUUUGCUGAACUUUCUCGACUUCCAAACACGGCCGGUGUUCAAUAUGAGCGACGUGGAUUACAAUAAGUUAGUGCGACACGCGCCACCUAUAAGGGAUAAAGAGUGCAAGUUUUGGACAGAACAAGAAAAGAUUAUCCAAGAGGGCUUUGUCAAUUGGAACGCUUUCCUUUGCCAGUUAAAUUUGGAACAUGUUGUUAAACCUGAUUAAGAUUUUCUUGGAUAUGUAAUCUGCGUUCAUUUAAAACGAAACAGGAAAGAUUAUCCAGUUAUUGGCUCUACAGCACUACGUGCUUUGAUAGUAAAGUAUUAAAUGUAUGAAAAGAAGUAAACUAAAAUGUUUUGCGGCUAUUUAUAUAGUAUAGAUAAUAUAUUCAAAAUAAGAUGAAAAUUUUCAUUACUUUUAAGUACAUGUCGUGUUGUUUUCAAUUUGACCAAUUAUUGGCUAAAUUACCCCAAUUAUAGUAACAGU